CUGAGGGAGCUUUUUUGUGCAAGAGGAGGACGUCGGGGCGGGACUUCCGGUAUCUUUCUCGCGGCGGACAUCUUGUCUGCUGUUAGGUGAAACCGUCCGAGUGGAAGUGAGAGAGCAGUGGUGGUGCCAAUGUGACGGAGGCGGAGAAGCACGGGAGGCGUCGUUGGCCCCACUGCAAAGAGGCUUAGCGGUGGCGCCUCCCACGAGCAUCCCCGCCUCCGCCUCCAGGACCGGGCGAUCGCGGGUCUGGGUCUGGUCCUGGUUCCUCCCCUCAUCGCCAGGUGCGGCCCAGACUGUGAUGGUGGCGGCCAAGAUGAUGGACCCUGGACAGAUCUCUGUGGUUGCUGAACUGUAACAGGGGAGAAAACUCUGGUGCUCAACUAAGAGGGCAUGACUCUAGCCACAGCAGGAGGGGCUUGGACGGGCCUUGGUUGUUGGCGUGGGGUGGAGAAUGAAGAGGCACGUUCUGAGCAGAGCAUCUCCGGGGUGUCAUGUGUUCGUACUUCUAAGGCAGGUUCAUCCACCCAGACACCUCACUUUUGUGACAUAUGUGGCCCCAACUUGAAAGAUAUUUUGCACCUGGAUGAACACCAUGGAACACACCAUGGACUGAAACCUCACACAUGUAGGGCGUGUGGGAGACAACUCUGGUUCAGUGCAGACAUGCACCAGCAGCAUCACAGUGUAGAGAAAUCCUUAAGAAAGGAUGAUGGUGAGGCCUCAUUUGUGAAGAACUGCACAGUUUAUGAAGAACCUCACCUUUCAGAGAAGCCCUUUAUGUGUGAAAAGGACCAAAAGAACUUCACAGCUCGUUUGAGUGAUCACCAGCAAAAGGCCUCUCAUUGCAAGAGGAAGACAUCUAGGAGCACUGAGAAUGCGGAGGACUUUCACAUUGGACAAAUGCAUUACAAGUGUAGUGAGUGUGGAAAAGUGUUUAGCCGCAAAGACACACUUGUCCAACACCAGAGAAUCCAUAGUGGAGAAAAGCCUUAUGAGUGUAGCGAAUGUGGGAAAGCUUUCAGCCGCAAAGCCACACUUGUCCAGCAUCAGAGAAUCCAUACUGGAGAAAGACCUUAUGAAUGCAGUGAAUGUGGAAAAACUUUCAGUCGAAAAGAUAACCUUUCUCAGCACAAGAGAGUUCACACUGGAGAAAUGCCUUAUAAGUGCAGUGAGUGUGGGAAAUACUUCAGCCAUCACUCCAACCUAAUUGUACACCAGAGAGUUCACAAUGGAGCAAGGCCUUAUAAGUGCAAUGAUUGUGGGAAAGUCUUCAGACACAAAUCCACACUUGUUCAGCAUGAGAGCAUUCAUACUGGAGAAAAUCCUUAUGAUUGCAGUGAUUGUGGGAAAUCCUUUGGCCACAAAUACACACUUAUUAAACACCAGAGAAUUCACACUGAAACAAAGCCUUUUGAGUGUACUGAGUGUGGGAAAUUCUUUGGUCGAAGUUCUGACUUUAUUGCACAUCAGAGGGUUCACACUGGUGAAAGGCCUUUUGUGUGCAGCAAAUGUGGGAAAGACUUCAUAAGAACCUCCCACCUUGUUCGGCACCAAAGAGUUCAUACUGGAGAAAGGCCUUAUGAGUGCAGUAAAUGUGGGAAAGCCUACAGCUUAAGCUCCCACCUCAAUCGACACCAGAAAGUUCACACUGCUGGUAGGCUUUAGGAAUGCUUUCAGUACAAGAUUCAUCAGUCAGAAAUUGAUCUCAGAUAUCUGAACAUUCACAGGAGGGAAAUACCUUAUGAGUGAUAGGUACAUCGGAAGCUUCCAGAGAAUGUGUUGCACUUUCUGACCUGCUCAGGUUUCUUGCCAGAGUUAUGUCACUGUCAAUGUUUAUGGGUGAAACCAUCUUAACUCUUAGCAGUUUCUAAUAUCUUUAUAGAAGGCAGGACUUUAUACUUUCUCCAGUUCCCUAGAGAGAAUGAUGAGAUACUUGAGUUUACUGUGGGUCUUCAUGCCCACCUUUGGUGUAAUUGUGGACAUAACCCAUCUUGAGCUAAGAGGACUUGAGCUAUGUUGUGCUAGUAGCUUACAGAGGUUUACUUUCUUCAUGGACUUUACUGGCCAUAAUACUUGGAAUGAAUUUUUCCAUUCUCCAUGUUACCCAGCCUGAGAAAAUACUUGCCUCUUAUUGCUCUGUUUGUGAUAAAAUAAAGGCCUUACAGUUUAAGCUACCUUUAAUCUUAAGGGUUCUUUCACUGUCUGGAAUGGAUUGAAAACAGGCCAUUCAAUGACCUGUGGGGGCCUCCUGCUAUAUGUACCUCAAAUGAGGCAGUGGGUUGGUGGAGAAUAGUUAUCAGUCCAGUUUUGGUAUUAAAUUCCAUUGCUGACAAGAGCUUAUUAGGUAACAAUUUAGAUCCUUGUGGGGCUGAUUUGCCUGGAUUUGUUAUGUGAGGACACACACAUCACAUUGAGGCUGCAGGUGUUGUGACAACCUACAGGGCAUUUGGAAGCAGCAUGGAUGGGGUAUUUUGUUUCCAGUAUAUGUCCCAUAUUCUCAACACUGUUGAGGGAAAGCUAUUCCUUAGGACCUGCUGAGUGGCCGUAUUCCCUGAAGGUCAAAAUCUGGUGCACAGGUUACCACUGAUGGUAAGACCUAAUGCAUCUAGGAGGAAAGUGAACUUGAUAUGGAAACAUUAGGUAUGAAUAAUUGGGAUUGGGGAGACUGCUGCAAACUAGAGGGGAAGUGCCCAUUGUAAACUCACAUUCAGAAAUGUGUUGGUCACUGGCUUAUGUAUGG